AUGAUUGUCACCUGGAAUGUUAGAGGCAUCAAUAAACAGGCUAGGCAUAGAGAGAUAAGCUCAUAUAUCUCUACAUUUAGUGUACCAAUCUGUGCCUUGUUGGAAACUAAGGUUAAGCAAAAUAAUGCUGAUAAGAUUAGAAAGAGUUUUGGUCCCAACUGGAAGUUUGAAGAUAACUAUGAACAUAAUUCAAAUGGAAGGAUAUGUAUCCUUUGGAAGCAUAAUAAAGUGAAUAUCAAAGUACUUAAAACCAAUGUUCAGUUCAUUCAUGUAGAAGUGUAUGCCCUUGAUCAAACACAUAUGCAAACCAUAAUUGUGACUUAUGCUUUCAAUCAACUAGAACACAAAAGGCGAUUAUGGAAAGAUAUUGAACUAUUAAGCAACAAUACUUCUAGCCCUUGGAUUGUUAUGGGAGAUUUUAAUAAUGUAGCAUCUUGCCAAGAAAGGAUUGGAGGGAAAGAGGUUACUGAAGCAAAAUUUAGAGAUCUAAUAGAUAUGUUGCAAAUGGAUGAUCUGUUUGAAGCUACAACCAAAGGUCCUCACUUUACAUGGACUAACAAGCAUACUACAGGGGUCAUCUACUCUACAAUUGAUAGAGUUUUGGGUAAUACUACUUGGUAUUAA